CAGCUCACACUGGACCCCAACACAGCGUAUAGCGAGCUCUGUCUGUCUGAAGGGAACAGAAAGGUGACAUGGGGGAAUGAAUCUCAGACAUAUCCUGAUCACCCAGAGAGAUUUGACUCUGCAUUCCAAGUGCUUUGCAGAGAGGGUCUGUCUGGGAUUCGCUGUUACUGGGAAAUUGAGUGGAGUGUAGGGGCUGAAAUAGGAGUUACAUAUAAAGGAAUCAACAGGAAAGGAGAGGAUGAUUCCUGUCUACUUGGAAGAAAUGACAAGUCCUGGAGUUUGACGUGCCAUUUUUUCAGCGGUUUCUCUGCCUGGCACAAUAACAAAGAGAUUAAAAUAACUGCCCCCUCCUCCUCCAGAAUAGGAGUGUACCUGGACUGUCCUGCUGGCACUCUGUCAUUUUAUAGCAUCUCUCCUGACGACACAAUGACCCUCCUGCACAGAUUCCACACCACAUUCACUGAGCCGCUCUAUCCUGGGUUUCGACUUUUCAUUAAUUGCUGGGAACAGAAAUCAUCUGUAAAGAUCAGUCAUCUUGAUUAGAUUUGUGUUUUGCUGUAUAAAAUGUGCUUCCUCUCAGAUGUUUUCUUCCUUGUGCAGUCUGUUUCAAUGUUGUAUUUCUAUUUUUAAUGAAGCAUUUGGAUUGGUGGGUGUUUAUACAGUGGCACACAAAUUAAAUGGCAGGCCCCCUGAGUAUAGGGAGGGGUCUGGUUUUCAGACGUGGUUUUUUUUGUGUGUGUUUUACUGUUUUUUGUUUUAUGUUUUAUAUAGCUACAUAAGCCAUUUUAAUCCAUAUUAUUACCCCUUCCUUGUUUGAUGUGUGAAAUCAUUCUGAGUGGUUCAGAGUUCUGCUGCUCUGAUGUUAAGAUGUGUAUCGUUUAUCUCUACUGCUCUAUCUAACUGGCUUAUAUUAAGAUGUGUGUUGUUUAUCUCAACUGCUCUAACUGGCUGCUGUCUUUCUUGCAGGCUGGGUUAUUUAACCAAGUGUCUUUUAGCUCUGUUUCUACCAGACUGUAAUCAGGGUCCUAUUGCUAAAGAAGUUAGUAAGUCAUGUUUGACAGUGAGUUUUUACCAU